AUGCUAUGGCGGCAUUUGCAGCCGCUGAGGAAGAAGCGAGCCCUAGCGGCAGCGGCCGUGGACAUUCUUGCGCAGCGCAAUCCUGCGCCCAGAUCUUUGCCGCCAUGGCCGGAUCACGGCGGCGACCACGGCGGCGAUCGCCAGCAGCCUCGCGCCCAGGUGAAUGUCAUCCACAUCUUCGCGUCUCUCCUCCGGAAAUGCGACUCCCCAGCGGCGCUGGAGCACGGCAAGCGCAUCCACGCACAGCUGAUCGCGGCGUGCCCCCAAAAUCUCUCCCAGAAUCUCUCCAUGGCAGUGCUGCUCAUCAGAAUGUAUGGCAAGUGUGGCAGCCCCGGCGAUGCCAAGGCCGUCUUCGACGAUCUGUGCGUCAAGGACGGGAGAUUGGCAAGAGAGAUCUCGCUCUGGAACAGCCUCCUCACGGGAUUCGUCCACAAUCGCAAGAACAAGGAGGCGCUGAGGGUCUACAAGGAGCUGUGUGAUCGCGGCAGGGAUCUAGAUCUAGAGCCAAGCGCCGGGACAUUGGUCCAGGCGCUGGUGGCGUGCUCUAGCCUGCGUGAUCUCGGCACUGGCAAGGCGAUCCACUCGCGGGCGAUCGCGCUGGGCUGCGAUCGCCAGAAUGGGCAUCUGGAGGAGACGAUGGGGCUCUACCGGAGGAUGGCGAUCGAGGGCGUCGCCGGCGGCGCGGAUGCGUGCACGCUCUCGAUCGUCCUCAGCGUUUGCAAGCUCGGGGAUGCGCGCCAGAUCCACGCGCGCGCGAUCGUGAGUGGAUUGGAAUCCCACGCGGUCGUGGGCACCGCGCUGGUUCGAUCGUAUGGGCGAUGGGGGAGCGUGGGCGAGGCGAUGGCCGCGUUUGAUCAAGUGGAGAGCAAGGAUGUGGUGUGCUGGACGGCGAUCAUGGCCGUGCUGGUCGCCCGGGGAUUGCCCGAUCGAGCAGUGGAGCUCUACCGGGGCGCGAUCGCGCGGGGCGUGGAGCCGGAUUGCUACACUCUCUCCACGAUCUUGGGCGCUUGCCGGGAUCUAGAGACCGGGCAGGAGAUCCAUCGCGUGGCCGCGGCUAGGGCUUGCGAUCGCGAUGCCGUCGUGGGCACGGCGCUGGUCGCGAUGUAUGGGCGAUGCAAAAGGAUCGACGAGGCCAAGAGGGCGUUCGAUCGGAUCCAGGGAAAGAAUGUGGUGUCCUGGAACGCGAUUCUAGCGGCGUAUGCCGAGGCCGGAUUGGAUGCCGGGGUGUUGGAGCUCUUGGAUUCGAUCGAUGUGGUGCCGGAUGUGCUCGUCUUCUCCAAAGCCCUUGCGGCGUGUGCCAGUCUCGGGGAUCUUGCCGUGGGGCGGCGGCUCCACGACUGGAUCGUCGCCCAGGAGCUGGAAUCCGAGACCACGGUGGAGAAUGGAUUGAUCAGCAUGUAUGCGCGGUGUGGGAGCUGGGGUCGCGCAAAGGCAGUGUUUGCUCGGCGCGCUAGGGACGAUCCGGUGUCCUGGAACGCGAUAAUCUCCGCGGCGGCGCGAUUCAAUCAGCUGGAUCUGGUGCUGGAUCUUCUCCGGGAGAUGAGCGGCGAUGGCGUCGACGCGGGCGAGAUCACAUUCACGAGUGUCUUGCACGCUUGCGCCCACGCCGGCGUGGCGAUGGAGGGCGUGGAGAUCUUCAAGCUCGUGGAGGAAUUUGGCUGCGAGGCGAUUCCGGAUCACUUCCACUGCCUGAUCGAUCUGUUUGGGCGGCUGGGGAUGAUGGAGGAGGCCGAGGCGCUCAUCGAUGGGAUGCCAUUCGAGCCGGAUCUGGUGGCGUGGACGAGCUUGGCUGGGGCUUGCAAGCUCCACCGGGAUCUCGAUCGCGCGGCUCGCUGCGCUGAGAAUGUGGCGGCGCUCAACAUGCGUAUCUCUGGGCCUUUUGUUCUUCUUUGCAGCAUCUGGAACGAUCCCGACGAAGAGAUUCUCUCUUGA